AUGCCGUCUCCAACUCCUGAUUCCUCACACAAUGUUCAGUCCCCAACCAUAAUCUACCAUACUGACAACAUGAAUAUCAAGUGGUCACAGUUUCAGAGCCUUUCGCAUGAGCUUCAAGCCGAAUGGUCACAUAUGAAGUUCGAGCUUGAGACGAUGAAGAGGGCACUUCGCGAACGGGAAACUGAGCUCCGAAAGUGCAGGGAACAAAUGUUGCGAACUAUCAGCACUUUUCAAGUCAGCGAUAGCUCUAUCCUCAGUGAACUUGAGAAGAUUCGUCACAGCCUCUGCAACUUGAUCUCAGUUCUGCCGGAGAUCACUGGUUUUGAUCAAACAUGGCACGGCAUUCACUUAACUAUGGUGAAAAAGGGCCUUGCAUGCCGGAUGAAAAUUACUUUGAAACCCGAAGAAAGCCUUGAUUUUAUUGACACAGAGAUCAUGGAGCAUGAUGUCUUCUACAUCGUGUGGAAUACCUUGCUGAGGCCUACAUUGGCUGGACUGCCUGAUCACCAACAAUUACUCUGGACCAAAACCCUGGAACAGAUGGAGAAAAUUGAGCCCCUCAAAGACCCCGGAGCGAUUGCCACUUGGCGAUCGGAUACCUUUCGAGCGCUAACGGCGACUACCGAAUAUCAAGAACAACUUGACAAACGCUGCAUUGAGGUUGGCGCAUAUGUCGUGGAUUAUCUUCGAGCAUUCUCGUUCUCCAGGGAUGUCGACUGGAAACAUAUGUACCAGAAUAUCCUGGACCAACUGCUGAAGCCGGCGGCAACCCUUGGUACCACGUUAAUGUGCUCCCCGGAGGACUACUCAUGGAGCCCCAGCUUCUCUUUGCGUUCUAAAGUCGAGGCAACAGACGUUCAAGAGUUUGAUUUCAUGAACUGCGGAACGCAUUUCCCAGCUUCGAAAGCGGAUAUGUGCGCCAUUCAAGACCUCUCGAAAUCUGGCCGCCAUAUCGCACCCAUCUUCCCAGGGCUCUAUCGUGAAACAAAGGGAGUCACUGUUACCAUUCAGAAGCCGUUGGUACUUGUCUCGUUUAAGGAUGAGCCACCAACUCCGAGUUCCCCCUCCGAGGCAUCGGUCUUGGAGGCGUCCCCUUACAGACCACCGCCAACCAGACGAAGCUCCAGUGGUAGAAACUCUGUGUUUGGGAGAUCAUCGUCUUUAAAUGCGACACGAGCUGCUUGGUUAUUAUCUCGUGGUAAGAAGGAAUCGAGUUGA